GGCAAGACACUCAACCGCUGAGCCACCCAGGCAUCCCUAAAUUUAUUGAUUUUUAUAAAUACUGAAGAAGACCAUAGAGUAUUUUCCAAGAGUUCUCAGCAGGAUGUCUUCUGUCAAUGACAGUGCCUCAUAUCCCUCUGCCUUCCUUCUGUUGGGUAUACCUGGUUUGGAAGCUUUCCAUAUCUGGAUUGCUUUCCCUUUCUUUGUUGUUUAUCUGAUAGCACUUGUGGGGAAUGUCACAAUCCUGUUUGUGAUUAAGACUGAUCAGAGUCUUCAUCAACCCAUGUUCUAUUUUCUGGCUCUCCUCUCCUUUAUUGACCUAGGCCUCUCCACUUCUACCAUUCCCAAGAUGCUAGCUAUAUUCUGGCUCAACUUCAGGGAGAUAAGAUUUGAAGGCUGCCUCAUUCAGAUGUUCUUUAUCCAUACCUAUACUGGUAUGGAAUCUGUCGUACUGCUGGCCAUGGCAAUUGACCGCUUUGUUGCUAUCUGUUAUCCACUGAGAUACACCACUAUUCUCACCAACAGAGUGGUAGCCAUCAUGGCCUCCUUUGUAGUGGGGAGGCCAGUCCUCCUUGUCAUCCCCUUCUGCCCUCUUCUCAAACGAUUGCCCUUUUGUGGACACUACAUUAUUCCUCACACUUACUGUGAACACAUGGGAAUCGCCCGUCUUGCCUGUGCUAAUAUAAGGGUCAACAUCAUCUAUGGUUUAUUUACCAUUGCUGCCCUGAUUUUUGACUUGAUCCUUAUUGCCCUUUCCUAUGUUCAGAUCCUACGAGCUGUUUUCUGUCUUCCUUCGAGGGAUGCCAGACUCAAAGCACUUAGUACAUGUGGUUCACAUGUCUGUGUCAUCCUAGCCUUCUACACACCAGCAUUUUUCUCUUUUAUGACACACCGAUUUGGCAGAAAUAUUCCUCGCUGCAUUCACAUCCUCUUGGCCAAUCUGUACGUGGUUGUUCCCCCUUGUUUAAACCCAGUCAUUUAUGGGGUCAGGACAAAGCAAAUUCGGGACCGAGUUGUGAAAAUAUUUGUAAAGAAAGAGUGACCCAAAUGUAUUCAAAAAUCAAUAAAUUCUUUUAGGCUGACCUUCAACCUGUAUAUCUCUCAAGGUGCCCCAAACUGGAAUCAUGUAAGGGCCACUUUGGCAUCACUUCAGUCUUUAUUAGUGUCUCCUAAAUUCACACUUCAUCAUGCCUUUAUGUAAUUUGCACUUUUUUCAAUAGAUUACAUACUGCUUUUUCUCAUUUAAGGUGAAAGAAGACUGUGGGGCUUUGUAAAGAAUGUAACAAAAUUCUCAAAUGUGUGUAAAUAUGCCAGCAGUGAAAUUUAUGUACAGAUUUGAUUAAAAAAAA